GUUGGUGUGCUUUUGGGCACGGACCCCGGAGAGGAUACCAGCUCCGUCGACGAACCAACACUUUCUAUGCGGCGACUCCCUCUUCUUCGCUUCCUUGUCAAGGCGUCGCGGCGGAGUGGGGCUGGCGCGGCGGGAGACGGGGAGAGCGGCCGGCAAGUGGCGGAGCGAGAGCACGGUGGGCCGGCUGACGUCUGUUGCUAGAGCUCGCACACGCUAGCCGCUGCUGAUUCUUGCGGGUGGUGCCUCCAGAAGGCCGUCGCCGCGGGGGCGAGAUCGACCAAGGACAGAGAUCCCGGCUGUGUUCUUGUAAGUAUAAGUUAUCUACAGGAAUGGCUGGAGUAAAGAAGUUUUUUCUUUGGAUCAAUUUUCUUGUCAGUGGGAUCAGUGUGGGAGCUUAUGUGGCGCCCAUGUUCAGCUUAAUUGCUCUCAUGGAAUGGGAUUCAAUUUAUGAAUGCUUUGUCCCUGAAUCUCUCAUGCUUGAGGGACUCAACUUUAUUUUCAUGAUUGCGUACUACUGCUUUGUUACUGGGACAGGAGCUUCGUUUGAUGGCAUAUUAACAGCAGGAUUUGGUUUAUCUUUCAACUUUUGCUGGCUGUUUCUGUAUGUGGUUCAUUGUGCGAAUACUCUUCAGCAUCCACGACUUGUGAUGGCAUCUGUUCCAACAGCAUUCUUGGUGAUCGUCACAGUAAUGUUUGGUACAAUCCAGUGGGGAUACAAGGCUGAACAUUCGGGGGCGAGAGGGGCUCUUAUUGCCGCUGUGCUUACAACCAUACUCUUCUCACCAUCGAUGAGCGUGCUCAACCGGCUCUAUUCCUCAAUCCCUGAUGAUCCGUGGGCACCAUUUCUCAUCAAGAUGAUCUUAUCUGGACUAAGUGUAGUCACUUCUGGGUACAGUGCAUGGAAUGGGACACAACAAGGCUACGCCGAGCAUGAAGACCUCAAGUAUCUUCUUGUGUUCAACUAUGUGUCAGUGGGCAUUGGUAUUUGCCAGAUAGUUGUUCGUCUUGUUGGUCCAAGGAUGGUUGCGGACCAUGUGAAGCGCAUCUGUAGGAAGCUGUGGCAGAUUGUUAAGCGCAUCUGUAAGAGGCUGUGGCAGAUUGUUAAGCGCAUCUGUGGAAGGACCUGAACUUCUCAAGUGAGUGAAAGACAUGAGAUGCUCAACAGCUGAAGUUUGAUUGAUUGUCCAUGUGCAGUUGUGCACCCACUGUUAAAUAUGAAAAACAACACGUACUGUUCUGUUUUCUUGCAUGGUCACACGCUGCUGCAUUUGUGAUUUGUGCGCAAAUGGUUUCUAGGAUUAAUAAUCAGACAAACUAGGGAUGUAUUCGUACUUAUGAAGGCUCCAUGGGUGUUUAGAUAACGUGCGCUGUGGUUCUAGGA